AUGUUGAUAAAUAUAAAAAGCAUCUUAUGGAUGUGCUCUACUUUAAUAGCAACCCAUGCACUACAUAAAGCCAAUAUGGAAAGCAACCCUCCUGUUAAGGGCUUCCUCUCUGAAAAAGUCAUCCUACCUUGUCAUUUUCCAACCAUGCCUACCUUGCCACCUAAUUAUAACACAACCAGUGAAUUUCUUCGAAUCAAAUGGUCUAAAAUUGAAGUGGACAAAAGCGGAAAGGAUUUAAAGGAGACUACUGUUCUGGUGGCCCAGAAUGGGAAUAUCAAGAUUGGCCAGGGCUACAAAGGGAGAGUGUCUGUGCCUACACAUCCAGAAAAUGUGGGUGAUGCCUCACUCACUGUGGUCAAGCUGCGUGCAAGUGAUGCGGGUCUCUACCGCUGUGAUGUCAUGUACGGCAUUGAAGACACACAAGACACCGUGCCUUUGGUAGUAGAAGGGGUUGUGUUUCACUAUAGGGCUUCAACCAGCAGGUACACUUUGAAUUUUGAGGCUGCAAAACAGACUUGUUUGGAUGUUGGUGCAGCCAUAGCAACUCCAGAGCAGCUCUAUGCAGCCUAUGAAGAUGGAUUUGAGCAGUGUGACGCAGGCUGGCUGGCUGACCAGACUGUUAGAUAUCCCAUUCGGACACCACGAGAAGGCUGUUAUGGAGAUAAGAUGGGGAAGGAAGGAGUCAGGACCUAUGGAUUUCGUUCUCCUCAUGAAACUUACGAUGUGUACUGUUAUGUGGAUCAGCUGGAUGGUGUUGUGUACCACGUCACUGAUCCCAAUAAAUUUACCUUUGAGGAAGCUGAAAAAGCGUGUGAAGAAGAGCAGGAUGGCCGGCUGGCGACAGUGGGCGAACUCCACGCCGCUUGGAGGAACGGCUUUGACCAGUGUGAUUACGGUUGGCUCUCAGACGCCAGUGUGCGCCACCCCGUGACUGUGGCCAGGGCACAGUGUGGAGGGGGUUUACUUGGGGUGAGAACCCUGUAUCGUUUUGAGAACCAGACAGGCUUCCCUACCCCUGAUAGCAGAUUUGAUGCCUACUGCUAUAAACCUAAACAGAAUAUAUCAGAGGCUACAACCAUCGAAUUGAAUAUCCUCGCAGAAACUACAUCACCCAGUUUAUCCAAGGAACCACAAAUAGUAUCUGACAGAACAACAGCUAUCAUGCCUUUAAUCAGCGAGUUACCUGCCAUGACAACAAAGUUCCCUCCAGUGGGAUACAUAGUCAAUAUUGAACAGAAAGGCCCAGUUCAAUCUCAGACUGUCACAGAAUCACCCACACCUUUGGGGGGUAUCAAGAAGCCAUGGGAUAUGGAUUACUUGCCUUCUACUUCAGGACCUCUUGGGAAGCCAGACAUAUCUACAAGUAAGGAAGAAGUUGCCAAAAGUACAACUGUCAUCUAUCAUGCUACUGAUUCAUGGGAUGGUGUCACAGAAGAUACACAAACAGAAGAAUUGAUUACACAAGUUGAGCAAAUAGAAGUGGGUCCUUUGGUAACAUCUGUGGCUAACUCAAAGCACACGUCUUCCAAGGAAUUCUCUGUAACUGAAACACCAUUUCUAUCCAUGAGAAUGACCAUGGAAUCCAAAACUGAAAAGAAAACAGAAAGCAUUACUUCUGAAUCAGUGACCACAAACCACUAUGAAUUCACUUUGGGAAAUGAUGAUGAUGAAGACAGAAUAAUGACAGUUACACCUAAUCAGAACACCUUGGUCUCUAUCCAAAUACCUGAAGUUAUUACAGUGUCAAAGACUUCAGAAGACACCACUCACACUCAACUAGAGGAAUCAGAGUCGAUCUCGGCUUCCCCUGUUCACACUGCUACUGUGGCUGACAAUGAUGAAUCAUUCAUGGACAACAGGAAAGAGACACAAACUACUAAUGGUAUAACUGAAGAUUUGGGGGCCCAGCGUGUAUCUACCACACCUUUUCUACCACAGCAUCAGACAGAAGUAGAAUUGUUUCCUUUUUCUGGUGAUAAAAGAUUAACAGAGGAAGUUAUUUAUUCCUCUCCACAAACAGAAAUGACACAAGGAAGCGAAAGAUUAGAAACACAAAAGCCAGAAAUCAGAACAGAUACUUAUACCAAUGAUGAAAUGCAAACAAAUAUCACCAAAUAUCCAUUUAUUAGAAAAAUCGAGGAAGAAUUCUUCUCUGGAAUGAAGAUUUCUACAACAUCCUCUGAGAAAAUUCAUCCUACGGGGUCUUCUGUAGAAAUGACCAAAUUUUUGGGGUCUCCAGCACUGACAACCAUGAAGCCAAGCAUGCAGACAAAAGAAGAAAAAGAUAUGGAAGAUGAAUUUGUAACAACUGUGUUUGCAUUCGAAACGGAUGGUAAUCAAGGUACAACCAAGAAUGGUGAGGGUGUUACAACAGUGCAUUUGACACAAAGUACCUUAAGUGAAGAGAUAGUCACUGUAUCAAAAUGGUCAUGGGAUGAAGAUAACACUACAUCAAAGCCUUCAGAGUAUACAGAUCCUGAAGGGUCUCCGAAAUUGUCUCCUGCUGUACUUACUACAGUAGGAGGGAAUGGAAAGGAUGAAGAAAUCCCAAGACUAACUGAUGAUGAAGAUGAAUUUACUGUCAUUGUAGAUAGUACUCAAAAGCCGUUUGAGGAGACAACUGAGGAAUACUUAACAAACCAUGGAAAAUUCACAGUUAGACUUCAACCAACAACGUCAGUUAAUAUUACAGAAAAGUCAACUUUGAGAGACUCUACUCUUGAAGAAAGAGUUCCAUCUAUCUCAAGAACUGAAGGACAAGUUGAUUUUGCAACCACAGAAGGAAGUACUCUGGACGAAGGAGCAGAUAUGGACAUCUCGAAGCCAAUGCCUACGGUUCCCCAAUUUGAACUCACUUCAUAUGUGGAAGGAUUGGCAUUUGUUAGUUAUAGUAGCACCCAACAGCCUACUACUUAUGUAGAUAAUUCUCACACCAUUCCUCUUUCUGUAAUUCCUAAGAAAGAAUGGGGAGUUUUGGUACCCUUUGUUCCAUCAGAAGGGGAAGUACUAGGUGAGCCUUCUCAAGACAUACGUGUCAUUAAUGAGUCUCACCUAGAAGCAACUAUUUCUCCUGAAACCAUAAGACCAACAACAGAAAUUCCACAGGGAACAACUCAGCAAGAACUUCAUUGGAAAGAACAGACCGCAGAGCCACCAGUUCCGGCUCCCAGUUCUAUAGCUCAAACACCCACAGAGGCACCAUUGGAUGAACAAGACAGUGAUGGAUCAGCGUAUCCAAUCCCAGAAGACAAACUGGUGACAGCUUCUGAGAAAGUUCCCAUUUUAGAAACAACUUCAGUUGGAAAAGUUGAGCACAGUAUGUCAUAUCCACCUGGUCCUAUAACUGAGCACAAAGUCAAAAUGGAUGAAAUGGGAACACUAAUACCAAGUGUGGGGACAAAAGUAUUAAGCCCAAAGCCUGAAUACAAAUAUGAGACAGAAAGUAGUCCAAGGGAAUUUGAAUCACCUUUGAGCCCUUUCAGCACCCAUGUUACCAAGCUGAUAGAAGAAACCACUACUGAGAAAAGAGAGAAAACAUCUCCAGAUUAUUUUGAUUUAGGUUCGGGAUUACUUGAAAAGCCCAAAGUUACAGAACACUCAGAAUUUUCAACAAUUAAAUAUACAGUUUCAAAUGAUAUUACUGCUACCUUUAGUUCAGUAGACAAAUUUUACACAAUUUCAACACCUAUGCCCUCUUCAGCAUCUACUGAGAAACCACCUCUCAUUGACAGGGAACCUGGUGAGGAAACAACCAGUGACAUGGUAAUCAUUGGAGAAUCAACAUCUCGUGUUCUUCCCACUACCUUGGAUGAUAUUGUAGCUAAGGAAACAGAAGCCGAAAUUGACAGAGAAUAUUUCACAACUUCAAGUACUUCUUCUGCACAGCCAACAAGACCACCCACCGUGGAAGGCAAAGAGACCCUCAGACCUGAGGCAGUUUCUACUCCAGAACCCACGCUGGAGACAAAAUUCCACCCUGACAUAAAUGUUUAUAUUAUUGAGGUCAGAGAAAACAAGACAGGUCGAAUGAGUGAUUUGAGUGUAAUUGGUCAUCCAAUAGAUUCAGAAUCUAAAGAAGAAGAACCUUGUAGUGAAGAAACAGAUCCACACCAUGCUGUAUUUUCUAUUUUACCUGGGAUAUUGGAAAUAGAUUUAUAUACAAGUAGAGAAGAUGAAGAAGAAGAUGAAGAUUGCCCAAAUGCCACUGAUGAAACAACCACCCCAUCAGUGCAGUACGUAAAUGGGAAGCAUUUAGUAACCACUGUACCCAAGGACCAAGAAGCUGCAGAAGCUAGAAGUGCCCAAUUUGAGAGUGUUGCACCUUCUCAGAAUUUUUCAGACAGCAGUGAAACUGGUAGUCAUCAGUUUGUAAUAGCUGAAAGCGUAUUGUCUACUGCAGUGCAGCCAAAUGAAUCUAAAGAAUCUGAAUCACUGGAAAUGACAUGGAAGUCUGAGUCUUACUCUGAAACACCAGAACCCUUUUCAAGUGGUGAGCAUGAUAUUUUCCCUACAGUCCAAUUCCAUGAGGGAGAAUCUACAGAGGGGGCAGACUCAGUCACAGAAAGAAGUUCUGAACUUGAUCAUCUGAUGCAUAAAAAUACUGAAUCAGUACUUCUGUUUCCUGAAGAAUCUUCAGGAGAUGCUGCCAUUGAGCAAGAAUCUCAGAAAGUAGUCUUUUCGAGGACUACAGAAGUAACAUUUGGUAAGGAGGCCGAAAAAAGUAUUUCUAUCACUUUGACCCCAAGCAUAGUUUCUAGUUCUGUGUCAGCCAAUGUUUCAGAUGAAGAAUCAGUUACUGGAAAACAACAUCCACAGCCUGAUAAUCCAUUGUCUAGCAUGGAAAGCUGGAUAGAAGUAACUCCUGGACACGUUGGAGAAUUCUUAGGGACUCCGUCUUCAAUUCCAAUGCUAGAAGGCUCUGGAGAAGAAGAAGGAGGAAAUAAUAUGUUCACUGUGGUAGCUGAUUUAUCAGAGAGAAAUACUACAAAUACACAAGAUACUUCAGAUCCUAACAAGAUAAUGAUCACAAAUAGCCUUCUUGAUGCUCCUGUAACCACCAUUUAUUCUGUUGCUGAACAUCCUUCUUCAGAAAUAGUGCCUACUGAAUUUGUACGUGAAACAGAUGCAUGGCUUUUCAGUACAUCCCUUGAGGGAAAGAGGAGAAAAGAAGAGGAGGAGGAAACUCCAGGUACAGCUCCUACAGUUGAGAAACAUACACCUACACAGAGAUUGGAUCAAUUAAUUUUGCCCUUUGAAUUAGAGAAUUCAAAAUCUAGUGAUUCAGCAUCUGCUUCGAGGGAUAGUACUCUGCCCAUGACAACAUCCACAGACUCUGAAAGGGAAAAGACAAAUUUUACUCUUCUCUUUACAGAAGCAAAUUUAGCACAUGUCACUGAACGCAGCAGUAGUAGUCAAGUUGAGAUUCAGAAAGGCCUGACCACUAUCCCAGGUAGCCCUGUCUCUCUCUCUAUCAAUCAGGGCUCUGGAGAUGCUGUUGCUGAUCCAGAAACCACUACAAUUUCUUCAUUUUUAUUUAAUUUUGAGUCUGAUAAAGAAGCAACGAGUACUGUAUCUUACCAUGGGGAAAAUGCAUUCCCUUCCAAGCCAACAGGAUUCAUUUUGAGUACUAUAAUGGAUAGACAGGUUACUGACACUAUAAGCCAAACACCCAAGGAAAACUUGAUUUCAGAGCUACCAGGAGAGCCAAAUCAUGAGGCAGAAAUAAGGGGCUUACCUACAGAUUCUCCUUUGGAGGAAGAAUUCAGUGGUGAAUUUAGGGAAUACUCAACGGUAUAUCAUCCCACAACAAAAGAAGAAACUAUACUAAUGGAAGGCUCGGGAGACGCAGCACUUAUGGAUGCUCAAACCUCAUCCUUUGCAGCACCUACUUCAGAUCACAUCAGUCAUGUGCCUGCCUCUAAAGAACCUAGCAGCACCAUGGUCAGCACUUCAGUUUUCCCUUGGGAAGAGUUCACCACUUCAGCUGAGGGCUCUGGAGAGCAACAGGUCUCUAUCAGCAGUUCUGGUGAUCAAGUGCUUCCUAGUGCCAUUGGAAAAGUUUCUGGUACCAUUUUUCCAUUUACUGAGCAAGGAUUGGGAGAAAUGGGAACUAUCACCAAAGCUGUUGAAAGACUCACCAUUAUACCAACCGUAGAAGCUGAAGGUGUGGAAGUUCGAACAGGAAAUGAGGAAGCAAUGGUUGCUAGCACAGUUUCAGUGGACUUUACGCAAACUUUGGAGCCAGCCAAAUUAUGGUCCAGGGAGGAAGUCAACCCCAUCAGACAAGAUAUUGAAAAUGAAACCGCAUCAGAGGAAAAGAUUAAGGAACAAAAAUCUUUUGAAUCUCCCCAAAGCUCUGUUGCACCAGAACAAACAAGUUUUGAUUCACAAACAUCUACUGAAAUAAAAUUCCUAACCACAGAUUAUUCUAUAUUAACAACAGAGAAAACUGACAGUAAAAACAGUGAAAUGAAGAAAGAAGUCAUUCCCAUAGGACACAUGUCUAUGCCAGACCCAGAUAUAAAGGACUUGGAACCAUACACUGUUGUCCCUGAAGCUACUGAGAAAUCACAUUUUUUCUUAGCUACUGCUUUGGUGACUGAAUCUGUACCAUCUGAAAAUGUAGCUACAGAUGCAUCAAUCAAAGAGGGGGAAAGUAUUGAAGCCAGUCCAAAAGAUGUGGGAUCAACCAUUGAAGAGUCAAAUGCUGAUCUCUUAUUCUCUGGAUUGGGAUCAGGAGAAGAAGUUUUACCUACUCUAGCUAGAGUAUCUGUGGAUUUUACUGAAAUGGAACAAAUCAUUACCACAUUACAUCCCCAGACAUCUCAAGGGGAAAGUUUAGAUACAAGGGUCUCAAGUGAUGAAACAGAAGACUCUACAGGCAUGGAACAUGUAGCAAAUGAAGUUGGAACACUUAGCUCCAAAACCGAUAGCAUCUCCCAAAGUAGCCAAACAACAGCCAGCUCCAACUUAAUGGGAAUUGUAAGUGAUACCAGAGCAAAAGGGCCCACUGUGGUACCUCUCACCUUCUUCACAGAUACUGAACAUCCUCAAAAUCAGACUCUCAGUUGGGCAGAAGAAAUUCAGACCAGUAGAACACAAACUAUACCUGAACAAGUCUCUCAUAAGAACCCUUCAACAGUAGAAACUGAAGAAACAGCAACCUCUUCUGUGUUAGUGGGUAGAACCUAUGAUCUUGAAAUGGCCAAAGGAUUUGUUACAUCCACACCCAAAGCAUCUGAGUUGUUUUAUGAACAUUCUGGGGAAGGAUCUGGGGAGUUAGGUAUUGUUGAUUUAGUCCAUACUUCCGGAACCACUCAGGCAACCACGCAAGGAAGCACAUUUGUUUCAAACGGAUCUCUGGAAAAACAUCCUGAGGUUCCCAGUGCUAAAGCUAUUACUGCUGAUGGGUCCCCAACAAUUUCAGUAGUGUUUUCUCUUCCUUCAGAGCAGAAUGAAAGUUCUCCGGUUCCAACUAGCAUACCAUCAAAUACAGUAUUGUACGAGAGGUCUGCAGAAGGCACUGCAGGUAGCUUCCCAGAUAGUAUCAGAAGAUUGGAGGAUUCUGCCUUAAAGCCUGACAGAAGAAAAGCCACAGAAAAUAUUAUUAUAGAUUUGGACAAAGAGGACAAGGAUUUAAUAUUGACAAUUACAGAGAGUACCAUCCUAGAAAUUCUACCUGAGCUAACAUCAGAUAAAAACACAAUCAUAGAUAUUGAUCACACUAAGCCUGUAUAUGAGGACAUCCUUGGAUUACAAACAGAGACCGAUCCAGAAGUUCUGACAGAACCACAUGGCAGUAAUGAAAAAAGUGCUCAAGUUCAAGAGGAAUAUGGGGCAGCUGUUAACCUUUCUUUAACUGAAGAAAAACUGGAAGGUUCUGGUGACACUCCUCCAGUUAGCUACACUCAGGCAACACAUAAUGAAUCAGUAACUUUUGAAGACAAAAGCCAAUUAGAUCACAUGGGUUUUAUCUUCACAACUGAGAUCCCUGUUCCUACCACAGAAUUAGAUAUUUUGCUUUCUACAACAGCAUCCCUGCCCAUUCCUAGUGUUUCUGCUACAGUUAAUCCAGAGAUUGAAGAGCCUGAAUUUGAAACUAAAACCUUGGAUGACAUCUUUGAAUCAAGCACUUUGUCUGAUAGUCAAGCUAUUGCAGACCAAAGUGCAGUAAUAUCAACGUUGGACCAUUUGGAAAGGACCCAGGAGGAGUAUGAAGAAAAGAAAUAUGUAGGCCCUUCUUUUCAGCCAGAAUUCUCAUCUGGAGCUGAGGAGACACUGAUAGAUCAUACAUCCUAUGUAAGUAUUGAUACUAUUAAUCUUAUGGCUCAGAGUUUAACAGAGGCACCAAAUGUGGUGGAAGGAUCCAACUCUCCAGGUUAUACUGACGCCACAUUAACAGUUUCAGCAUUUGAAAAAUUGUCCUUUCAGACACCAUCAUCUCCAGUUACUAUCCAUUUAGAGAGUGGAGCCUCUGAACACACAGACGUUUCCGAGCCAAGUACUCUGCCAUCUACAGGCAUGGGAGCAUCUCAAAUGGCAUCAGAAGAUUCCAUCCAGGAAAUUUAUGAGAACACUAAAGCAACUUUCAAACCAUCACCUGAAAAAUACUUUCACAUAACAGAGCCUCCAUCCUUAUAUCCCAAUACAGAAUUAGAACUGUCAGAAGAUGAAAGCAAACCUAAGCUACUGGAAGAAAUGGAAGCAUCUUCCACAGAAUUAAUUGCUGAAGAAAGAUUUGAGUUGCACCAAGACUCCAAAAACAAAACCAAUAUUCAACUUUCUAGAGAAACAGUCCAAGAGUUUCCCAGUAUUAGAAUGCCUGAAACUGUUGUCACAGAUGCAGGUGAAAUUAAGUUAGAAGGUGCUUCACAGUGGCCACAUUCCACUUCUGUCCCUGUGACUCAUGGGGUUGAGACAGGUGUUGCGCCUGAGCUUGACCCACAAACUUCUGUGAAGCCCACCGUUCCUUCUUCUCUGGAAAUCAACCCUGAAACACAAGCAGCUGCUAUUGGAGAGGAGUAUUCCAUAAUACCAGCAUCAGAACAGCGAGUGUCGGUGGGAAUUCCUGAUUCCAAUAAUCAGACAGCAGUAAACACUGCGGAGUUAAGUACUGAGCUAGCAACACCAUCAUUUUCCCUUUUGGAAACUUCUAAUGAAAGCGAUUUCCUGAUUGGCAUUAAUGAAGAGUCAGUGGAAGGCACAGCAGUCUAUUUACCAGGACCUGAUCAUUGCAAAAUAAACCCAUGCCUUAAUGGAGGUACCUGUUACUCUACUGACAUUUCCUAUGUCUGCACCUGUGUGCCAGGAUACAGUGGCGACCAGUGUGAACUUGAUUUUGAUGAGUGUCACUCAAACCCCUGCCGGAAUGGAGCCACAUGUGUUGACGGUUUUAAUACGUUUACAUGUCUCUGCCUGCCAAGCUACAUCGGUGCACUUUGUGAGCAAGACACUGAGACAUGUGACUACGGCUGGCACAAAUUCCAAGGGCAGUGCUACAAAUACUUCGCCCAUCGACGCACAUGGGAUGCUGCUGAACGGGAAUGCCGUCUACAGGGUGCCCACCUUACAAGCAUUCUGUCCCAUGAAGAACAAAUGUUUGUGAAUCGUGUGGGUCAUGAUUAUCAGUGGAUAGGCCUCAAUGACAAGAUGUUCGAGCAUGACUUCCGGUGGACUGAUGGCAGCACACUGCAAUAUGAGAACUGGAGACCCAACCAGCCAGAUAGUUUCUUUUCUUCUGGUGAAGAUUGUGUUGUAAUCAUCUGGCAUGAGAACGGCCAGUGGAAUGACGUUCCCUGCAAUUACCAUCUCACCUAUACCUGCAAAAAAGGAACAGUUGCUUGCGGCCAGCCCCCUGUUGUAGAAAAUGCCAAGACCUUUGGAAAAAUGAAGCCUCGUUAUGAAAUCAACUCCUUGAUUAGAUAUCACUGCAAAGAUGGUUUCAUUCAGCGCCAUCUUCCAACCAUCCGGUGCCUAGGAAAUGGAAGAUGGGCUAUGCCUAAAAUUACCUGCAUGAACCCAUCUGCAUACCAAAGGACUUAUUCUAAGAAAUACUUAAAAAAUUCCUCAUCAUCAAAGGACAGUUCAUUAAAUUCAUCAAAACAUGAGCAUCGUUGGAGCCGGAGGUGGCAGGAGUCGAGGCGCUGAUCCCUAAAAUGGCGAACAUGUGUUUUCAUCAUUUCAGCCAAAGUCCUAACUUCUUGUGCCUUUCCUAUCACCUCGAGAAGUAUUAUCAAUUGUUUGGAGUUCUUGGAUCACCGUCCAAUCGUUUUGGAUUGCUGAGCUCCCCAAACAUUUUAAAUGAAAGUAUUGACAUUCAACAAGAGAGCAAACACAAUGAAAGAAAAUGAGGGUAGAAAAUAACUAUUUCCAGCCUACCUAAUUUCUUUAGUUUUCUAUUUGCCUCUGGUGCAGACCAUUUUAUAAUGUAUUCCAGCCUACUGUACUAUUUAAAAAGCUCAAUUUCAGCACCGACGGCAAUGUAAAUAAGAUGAUUUAAUGUUGAUUUUAAUCCUGUACAUAAAAUAAAACGUCACACUGAGGUCAGGCAUAUUUAAUGAUGAUUAUGGAGCCUUAGAGGUCUUUAAUCAUUGGGUCGGCUGCUUUUAUGUCGUUUGUUUAGGCUGGAAAUUGUUUCGCUUGCCCUUUAUACUUCAGCAAGACUGAGGACGGCUUUUUCUGGGCAACUAACCAACAUGCAGUCUUGUAGAUCACUGCACCCAUCUUAGCCAAAGGUGCAGUAUGCUUCCACGCAACGUGGCUAAUGGGCUCCUGAUGGAACUAGUGACUGCAAUAUGGAAUUCUUUCUGCAUUCCUUUUUCUUCACUUACCAGAAAGGCCUGAAUGGAGGACUUUUCUAUGGCCAAGAGCAUU